AUGGCUGCGGCGCUGGCCUUCAGGGUGCUGGCGGGCCUGGUGGCCGCGGCGCUGACGGCCGUGCUGCUGGAGCACUACGGCCUGGCCGGCCAGCCCUCGCCGCUGCCCCUGACCCGCGUCCCCAGGAGGCCGCACCCUGCGCCGGGCGCCGAAGCCGGCAGUAUCUUCUGGGCUCUGCAGAUAUCCGAUCUUCACCUGAGCAAGUUUUAUGACCCAGGCAGAGCUGCAGACUUAGAGAAGUUCUGUUCUGAAACUAUUGACAUCAUUCAACCAGCUCUUGUCCUAGCAACAGGAGAUCUAACAGAUGCCAAAACAAAGGACCUAAUGGGUUCUACGCAGCAGAAGGUAGAAUGGCAGACUUACUACAGUAUUCUGAAGAAGACAAGGGUCAUGGAAAAAACCAAGUGGCUUGAUAUCAAAGGAAAUCAUGAUUCAUUCAAUGUUCCAAGUCUGGAGAGCGUCGAGAAUUAUUACAGGAAAUACUCUGCCAUACGUACAGAUGGCCCUUUCCAUUAUGUCCACAGAACUCCCUUUGGAAACUAUUCUUUCAUCUCUUUGGAUGCCACUCUAAUCCCAGGGCCUAAGAGGCCCUAUAAUUUCUUUGGAAUUUUAAAUGAGAAGCAGAUGAAGGAGCUUUUAUUAUUGUCAAAGGAAAGUAAUCAGAGCAACCACACUAUUUGGUUUGGACACUAUACAACGUUUACUAUUCUUUCUCCAUCACCAGGAGUUCGGUCAAUAAUGAGUUCAGGUAUAGCUUAUAUGUGUGGGCACCUCCAUACACUUGGUGGACUGAUGCCUGUUUUGCACACUCGCCACUACGAGGGCACUUUGGAACUUGAGGUGGCAGACUGGAAGAACAACAGAAGGUACCGCAUCUUUGCUUUUGAUCAUGACCUGUUUAGCUUUUCAGAUUUGAUCUUUGACGAGUGGCCUGUGGUCCUCAUCACCAAUCCUAAGUCUCUCCUCUAUAGUUCUCCUCAAUAUGAACCACUAGAAAGAAUCCUUCACUCAACACACAUCAGAGUCUUGGCCUUUUCCUCAUCCUCCAUUACUUCUGUCACAGUUAAGAUCGAUGGAGUUUUUUUAGGGGAAGCUACUCAUUUGUCUGGUCCUAUUUUCACACUGAAGUGGAACCCAAGAAACUACAUUAAUGGUACACAUAAUAUAGAAGUAAUUGUCCAGGAUUCUGCUGGAAGAAGUAAGAGUGUUCACCACAUAUUUUCUCUUCAAGAGGAUAAUCAGCUCAGAUUUGACCCUCUAGUAUCAUUUAUUCUUCUUACAGAUCACUGCACGGUGGCCCGGGUCCUUUUUGUGAUGAUUGUGCUGAUCCAGCUCUUCAUUCUUAUUAUUUAUAGGCAUCAAAGAUAUCUAGAACUUAAAGGACCUCCAGGAUUUAUAAAUUUGACCUCAUUUUCCCUUCAUGUCUUGAGCAAAAUAAACAUCUUCUACUAUUCUGUCUUGUUCCUGACUCUAUAUACAGUGCUGGGACCAUGGUUCAUUGGUGAAAUUACUAAAGGCAAAACGGGUGUCUGCUUUUCCUUCGGGAUCUUUGUUGAUGGGCGUUUCCUACAAGGCAGUUUAACGUUUGUGGUUGGAAUUCUCCAGCUGGUAUUUUUUAACAUCCCCUUGAUGGCUUACCUGUGUUGGAGCUUGCUGCAGCGGUGCUAUGGUCACAACUUCAGGUCUCAUCUCCAGCAAGGAAAAUACUUGAAAAUUAUACCUAUUUAUCUUGUUGGGUUUCUGCUAUCCAUCUGGCAGAUUUUUUCCUGCUACUAUCUUCAGAGGUCAUACGGCACUCUAGCUUUUUUCUUCUCCCCUCUGCGGACCUGGUUGACACUGUUGACACCUGUUCUCAUUCAUCGUGUAUGGACACUGAACUCCAAGGAGCUUGUAACCUUUACAGUGCAAUUAAAAAGCCACCUGAGCUCCUGA